AAAAAGCAAGAAUAUGCUUUGCCCUCAUCUCUGACAACUAAAUCUUUCAUCUUCUUCCUCAACCUUCAUUUUAUCCCUCAUAUAAAACCCUAUACUUUUACGUUUACCUUCCAUCAAUGGAGACGCUGUUCAUGACAAUUAUCGCAGCUUUUGCGUUCAUAGUCCUGAUCGCAAAGCUCGCUUCUGCUGCGGUAGCAACAGAUCAUCGUCAAAAUAGAAGCAUUCGUGACGCUUUAGAGGAUGAUUUGAAGUCUAGUAAGACAGAUAAGAGUGUCAGUAAAAGAAAAGGUACGAAGAAAGUUCGAUUUGCUGUUGAUCAUGAUGAAUUUGUUGUCAAUAAGGCUGUUGCCGGUCAAUCGGAAGCGGAAUCAAUCGUUUUCGAGAAGAAUUGUAGCGAAAUUGAAGAUGAUUGUGAUGUUAAUAGCGCAAAAGUAGAUGAAGGAAGGGUGAUUUGUGAAGAAAAUGUGUGUAUGAAGUUGUUGUGUGAUGAUGGAAUUGAUGAAGCUGAGAAGGAGAAAGAAGGAUUGAUUUCGGAAGAAGAUGAUUCGUCGGAUGAUGAUUGGGAAGGGGUUGAGAGGAGUGAUUUGGAGAAAGUGUUUGCUAUGGCUGCAGAUUAUGGGAAAUUGAAUGAUGGUUUGCAGAGUUUAGGAAGUGAUGUGCAGAUGCAGUUGUACGCGCUUCAUAAAGUUGCGACUGAAGGUCCUUGUCGUGAAGCUCAGCCGAUGGCUCUAAAGGUCUCCGCUCGAGCUAAAUGGAAUUCGUGGCAAAAGCUUGGGAAUAUGAAUCCGGAUGUGGCUAUGGAGAAGUAUAUAGCUCUUCUUUCGGAGGUGGCUCCUGGAUGGUCUCAAGGGAUUCAUUCUUUUGAUAAACACUGACUUCUGUAAUUUCCCACCUAAUCUUCAGGGUUUAGAUUGCCCAAAAGCAAGGCUAUUUAGUUAUGCUGCUAAAGCUUACAAUUCUUUUGCUGCAAGAAAUGGAGGCCGAUUUAUGAAAUUUACGGUAUCAUUUUACAAUAUUCUAGUAUGGUGUGUUCAACUGUAUGAUUGUGGUUUGAUUAUUUAUGUAUAGGGAAGUGAAUUAUCGAUUAUUUGUAUAGAUUGAUUGCAUUGACGUUAGGGGUCUGCAUCAAGGCUGUAACAAUUAAAAGAAUAUUGCGUAUGAUAUAAUAAAUAACAAUAUUCAACACU